AUGGUCGCUAUGACUCGACAGAUUGCGCGCCGGACUCUCGUUCAGGGCAAGAAUCAGAAGAAACCCUUGCUAGCGUCGCACGUGUUCCGCCUUUUCGACACGUGGCUCUUGGCCCCGGGCGCCGAUCUCUUUUCUGCCAUGAAGCUCGCUGCUAUCUCCCUUUGCUACGCGGGUUUCUUUCGUUUUUCCGACCUGAUGACAGUUCAGUGGCAGGAGAUCCGCUUCGAGUCUUCGCACAUGGAGUGUUUUCUCGAGAAAUCUAAGACGGAUCAAUAUCGCGAGGGCCGCUGGGUCCUGAUUUCCCGGGUGGGAGGCGAUCGCUGCGUCGUGCAGCUAGUCGAGCGUCUGAUUCAUUUCGGCUGCUACGCUUCAGAAGGGCCGGGUGGCCUCAUCCGGAAUAUCGUUUCUUCUCCUGUUGGUCAGCGCGUCUGCAGCAGCUGCCCUUCCUACCACACGGUGAACUCGUGGUUCAAGGAGGCGGCGCUUCUUCUCGGCCUCGACCCUGACCAGUAUGCCACGCACUCAGGUCGCCGCGGGGGCGCGACGCGCGCGGCCAAUGUCGACGUCCCUGAUCGUCUCUUCAAGGAGCACGGCGGCUGGCGCUCCGAGCGCGCCAAGGAUGGCUACGUACGCCUGUCACCUUCGCAUCAAGCCCCGCUGAAAUCUCCUAAUAUCUCUGCAAUGGCUACACUUACGGCAAAGACUGUUUCAACGCAACCGUUUCAAGGGCAGAAGCCUGGAACAUCUGGACUUAGGAAGAAGGUGACUGAGUUUCAGAAACCGCACUACCUGGCCAACUUUGUACAGUCCACAUUUGAUGCCCUCCCACAGGACAAAGUCAAAGGGGCUACACUGGUUGUUUCAGGGGAUGGCCGGUACUUCUCCAAGGAUGCAAUCCAGAUCAUUGCUGGCAUUGCGGCAGCGAAUGGGGUUGGUCACAUCUGGAUUGGGGAGAAGGGUCUCCUGUCCACGCCUGCAGUCUCAGCCGUCAUUCGCAAUCGGGUUGGAGCUGGGGGCAAGAAGGCCAGCGGGGCCUUCAUCCUGACCGCCAGCCACAACCCGGGAGGCCCUCACGAGGACUUUGGCAUCAAGUACAACACAGACAAUGGAGGACCUGCCCUAGAGAGCCUCACCGAUGCAAUCUUCGAGGGCACCAAAACCAUCAAGGAGUACAAGACCGUGGACGGCUUGCCCGAGUUUGACCUCACGAAGAUCGGCGUCACCGAGUUCAAGGGCCCCGAAGGUCCCUUUGCCGUCGAAAUUAUCAGCGCAACAGAGGACUACGUCAAGCUGAUGAAGAGCAUCUUCGACUUUGGGGCGCUCAAAGAGCUCUUGGCUCGCAAAGACUUCACCUUCGUGUACGAUGCCCUCAACGGAGUUGCUGGAGCCUAUGCCCCUGCCAUCUUUGUUGACGAGCUUGGCGCGGACCCCGCAAGCCUAAAGCGGUGCGUCCCAAAGGAGGACUUCGGCGGCGAGCACCCCGACCCCAAUCUGACCUACGCCAAGCACCUGGUGCACGACAUGGGACUGGGAGCUGAGGUUCCGGACACCAUCCCCGAGUUUGGUGCGGCUGCGGACGGUGACGCGGACAGGAACAUGAUCCUUGGAAAGAAGUUCUUUGUUACCCCCUCCGACUCGGUUGCUAUCAUUGCUGCCAAUGCUGAGGCAUCCAUCCCCUACUUCAAGUCUGGGCUCAAGGGGGUUGCCAGGAGUAUGCCCACUUCUGCCGCGUUGGACGCUGUUGCAACAAAGGCGAAGCUCAAGUUCUUUGAGGUGCCCACCGGGUGGAAGUUCUUUGGCAACUUGAUGGACGCUGGCAUGUGCUCAGUCUGUGGAGAGGAGAGCUUCGGCACGGGCUCGGACCACAUCCGCGAGAAGGAUGGCAUCUGGGCCGUGCUGGCGUGGCUGUCGAUCCUGGCGCACCGCAACAACGGCAGCGAGCAGCUGGUGACGGUGGAGCACAUCGUGCGCGAGCACUGGAAGACCUACGGCCGCCACUAUUACACGCGCUACGACUAUGAGGGAGUGGAGUCGGACGCCGCCAACAAGCUCAUGGCGCACCUGAUCGAGCAACAAGGGGACUUGGCAGCGUUGAACAAGCUGGUCAAGGCGACCAACUCCGCGGUUGCCGAGGUUGAGAAGGGCGACGAGUUUGAGUACAAGGACCCCGUGGACGGCAGCGUCGCCAAGCACCAGGGCGUGCGCUUCCUCUUCAAGGACGGCUCCCGCCUGGUGUUCCGGCUGUCCGGUACCGGCUCCGCGGGCGCCACCAUCCGUUUGUACAUUGAGCAGUACCAGUCGGACGAGAGCAAGCUCGGACUGGACGCCAAGGACGCUCUUGCCCCCCUCGUUGACGUUGCCCUGGCAGUGUCUAAAAUGAAGGACUUCACUGGCCGUGAGGAGCCAACCGUCAUCACCUAGAGAGACGUCAAAAGAAACCCGAAGAGGCUUUUUUGAAUACAAUGAAUCAGAUUGGGAGGUCCAAAAGGAUAGCGUAGCUUUGGAGCGGAUGUUCAUGGCAUGGAAGCCAAAGAGUGCCAGCCUCUCCGUGCUUGAUGCCCAUGUGUGCGUCCAUGCACAGACCUUCCUUGCUCUAGCUUUGAAUCUCAUUUGGGAUGCAUAUGUAUCAAGUCUCAAGAGCUUGGAGCUUCUUCUACAAUGCCUCCACAAGUCUCGUU